AUGAAUAUGCUCGAAUGGGCAUUUGGCAAACGCACGACGCCGGCGGAGCGUCUGCGCAAGAACCAGCGCAUGCUAGACAAGGCAAUCCGCGAGCUCGACCAGACUCGUGUCAAGCUAGAGAAGCAAGAAAAGACGCUCAUCCAGCAGAUCAAGACGAGCGCCAAGAACGGCCAGAUGGGCGCCUGCAAGAUUCAGGCCAAGGAUCUUGUUCGCACACGGAGAUAUGUUGAAAAGUUCUACGGCAUGCGUAGCCAGCUGCAACAAAUUUCGCUGCGCCUCCAAACGUACCGAACCAACGAGCAAAUGAUGCAAGCUAUGAAGGGCGCUACAAUGGCCCUCGGAAGCAUGAACAAGUCCAUGAACCUGCCACAACUGCAACGCAUCGCCAUGGAAUUCGAACGAGAAAACGACGUCAUGGAACAGAGACAAGAGAUGAUGGACGAUGCUGUCGACGACGCCAUGGACGUUGGUGUGGAGGAGGAAGGCGACGAGGUCGUUGAGCAGGUUCUGGAAGAUAUCGGCAUUGAAUUCAAUCAAGCACUGGGAGAGACACCCACGACUAUCGGAAAUCCUGCUCAGCCAGAGGGCCGAAUUGCCCAAGCUGUGGGCGGAGGCGGAGGCGACGCCGAUCCCGUCGACAAUGAUUUGGAAGCAAGACUCGAUAAUCUGCGAAAGUAA